AUACAUCAGCAGCCGUGUGAUUUUGCAGCAUGAAGACUAUGAAAAACUUUUGCCGGCCAUUUUGGGAGUUGUAAAGUACUGUAGUACUCUGCAGCUCUGUUGCAUGUUUCGCACAUCAUACAAGCACGUUGACUGUAAAAAGUUAGGUUUUUUAUAAGGUUUAUUGUCGUUAAAAGUUUGUCCAGCUUGCAGUGGAAAAUGUUACUUGGUGAUUGUGGUACGGAUGCUUUGGGACUACCAUUCCAUUUGCCUGUGGUCGUUACUCCACCGCUUGUACAAGCUGUGUUCUAUGGGGAUGCAGAUGAGGUGAGAGCGCUGUUGUACAAAAAAGAAGAUGUUAAUACAGCUGAUGUUGAAAGGAGAACUCCAUUACAUGCAGCAGCAUUUCGUGGUGAGGCUGAAAUAGUGGACCUUCUUGCUCAGAGUGGUGCGAGAGUAAACACAAAAGAUAGUCGAUGGCUCACUCCUCUACACAGAGCUGUAGCUUCUAAGAGCUAUGAAUCUGUGAAGAUGCUUUUAAAGCAUUCGGCGGACGUGAACGCCAGAGAUAAGAACUGGCAGACACCACUGCAUGUGGCGGCAGCACACAACGCAGUAAACAUUGCGGAACUUCUCAUUCCAAACCUGUCGACAGUGAAUGUAGCUGACAGAGCAGGACGCACUAGUCUUCAUCAUGCAGCAUUCAAUGGACAUGUUGAGAUGGUGAAGCUGCUAAUAGAUAAAGGAGCAACCGUGAAUGCGCAAGAUAAGAAGGAGCGUCGACCUGUCCACUGGGCUGCAUUCAUGGGGCAUGUUGAGGUGAUAAAAGUUUUAUUUGACUUUGAUGCGGAGAUAUUAUGUCGGGAUAAGAACUUCUACACACCUUUACAUGCCGCAGCAGCUAGCGGACAAGUCAGUGUGGUGCAACUGUUACUAAGUCUCGGGGCAAAGGUUGAUACCACUAAUAUCCAUGGCAACACACCGAUGCAUAUUGCAUGCCUAAAUGGCAACAACUUGGUGGUCCAUGAGCUGCUUUGCUGCAAUGCUUCCAUUACGGCAACCAAUCACAAAGGCCAAACCCCCUUGCAUCUAGCUGCUGCGUCUCCCCACGGAGCUAUGUGCCUCGAGCUUCUUGUUAGCAAGGGUGCUGUCACCACGGUGCAGUGCAAAGAUGGCCGUACACCGCUACACAUGACCGCUUUGCAGGGCCGGUACACACGUUCCCAGACGCUGAUACAACAUGGGGCCAUUGUAGAUUGUCCUGACCAGCGUGGAAGUACAGCUCUACACCUGGCUGCGCAGUAUGGUCAUGAACAGCUUCUAGUUACCCUACUAGCAAAUGGAGCAAACCCAACAAGACGAGGUGUCAAUGGUAUGCUUCCUCUUCAUCUAGCAAGUUUAAAUGGAUAUGUUGAAUGUUGCAGGCGACUCUUAGAAGCAGGUUGUAAUGUUAAUGAAACAGAUGACAAUGGAAGAACGUGUGCCCAUGCAGCCGCCUGCGGUGGGAAUGUGGAUUGUCUAGACCUUUUAAUUCGUAGCGGAGCUGACUAUAACAUAAUUGACAAAGAAGGCAGGACCGCACUACACUAUGCGGCAGGCAAUGCCAACCACCAGUGUGUUCUGUCGCUUGUUGCAAUGGGGGUUUUUCUUUCAUAUAUAAUUUUAAAUGUAUGUUAUUUAUCAGUUGCUUCAUUUUCACCCUUUUAUAUUAGUUGCGUUGACCAUCUUCUCCAUAAUGGUGCUGACGCCAGUUUACGAGAUAUCAACGGGUAUAACGCUGUCCAUUAUGCAGCUGCUCAUGGACACAGUCAUGUAAUAGAUAAGCUUUUAAACGAUGGUAGAGCUGACCUACUUAAUAGCACUGGGAUUGCUCCUCUCACCACACCUCUGCAUCUUUCUGCUUACAAUGGACAUGCUGAUGCCUUGAGUGUAUUAAUGAGGUCUAUUAUUAGUCUAGAUAUUCAAGAUGCAAAUGGUCGAACCCCGCUGGAUUUAGCUUCUUUCAAAGGUCACUCAGAAUGUAUUGAAACAUUAGCUAUACAAGGGGCAACGAUAUUAGUCAAUGAUUCCGUUUCCAAACGAACUCCACUACAUGCAGCUGCUUACAACGGUCAUGCGGAGUGUCUGAAAAUCCUCAUAGAGAACGCAGAAUCUCACCAGGCUGUCGAUUGUGUUGAUGAACAGAACCGCACACCAUUGAUGGUUGCGGUAGCAAAUGGUCACAUAGAUGCGGUGCUGCUGUUACUAUCCCAUAAGGCCAGCCUAUCUAUUGCAGACAUCAACCACCGAACUGCUCUGCAUAGAGGGGCUGCUAACGGACAUGAAGAAUGCGUAGAUGCACUCCUCCAGCAUGGUGUAAACACUUCCACUCGGGAUAUCAAAGGACGUACAGCGCUUCAUAUGGCAGCAGCGUGCGGCCAUGUUGGUAUCCUAGGAGCUCUUCUUCAAGCUGGUAGUGCAAACAUGCUGGAUAACAGAGGCUAUACACCACUUCACUGGGCAGCCUAUAAUGGUCAUGAAAGUUGUGUAGAACUUUUACUUGAACAGGGUCAACACAAGUUCUUUGAAGGGAAUGCAUUUACUGCCUUGCAUUGUGCUGUCGGCAUGAAGGUUGUGCUUUGAUGAUUUUAGAAAAGCUUACCAAUCCAAAUACUAUUAGUGUACCAAAUUGUGAAGGAAUGACAGCUUUGCAUAUAGCAGCAGCCAGUGGCUUAGUAACUGUGGUUCAGGAACUUAUAACCAAAGGUGCUAGUUUAUUAGCAGUUGACAACAGAGGCUACACACCUGCAUUAAGUUGUUCAGCGAAUUCUAAGGUUGCAGACUGUUUGGCCAUCAUCCUAGCGCAAAUGAUUCCAUUCUCUCCAAACAGUACCGCUGCAAAUUCACGGAUCGCGAUGGCGCUUACCGGGGAGCUUGGGCGAACACGCACACUAGGUAGCCUUGAUCUGACCGACGGCGACGGUAACCACAGCCGCACAGGUAGCAAUGUAGACACGUCUGAUUCAGAAACGUAUUGAGUUGCCAAAAGUACAAGAAUGCAACUACGGAGAAUGUCCUGUGUACUGCCAUGUGUGUAUAGCGUUAGCUAAGGUAGAACAACAGUGGCAAUAGCUAAUUCAAUACCAAAUAAUAGGUGUAUUAUAAUUUAGUUGAAUUAAGAAAUUGGUACAAAUUAAUAUGUUAUCGAGCACACAGACUACAUUUGAAUUUAUUUUAAAGUGCUUUCCUUAUUAACCACUAUGUAAAAUUUUUUUAACAAGACCAAAUUUUGACCAAAGGGUUGGGUUUUUGUUUGUUGUUUUUUUUGUGGUGCGUUGCCUACAUCUUUUGAGUGUUGGGGAAAUCCACUAAGAAUUUAGCUUUCAUUUGUGAUUUGAUAUUUAAUUAAUUUUCAUAAAGCAAUCAAUUUAAUAAUUUUAUCAGUUAAUUAAGCAAUAAUGCAAUCAUUACACAUUAUACAAUAAACUAAAUGUAAAACAAACAACAUUUAAGCCAAAUAUUUAAAAAUAUGUGGUUUCUGCUUUUGAUUUUUGAAUAAGAGGUAGGCAAGGCACCUAUGUUUGCAAACAAAUAGUUCCACCACCCCCUCCCCUGCAGGCCCACUGACACAUAUUUAUGCCAAGGCCUGGAGACCCACAAUUGUGCAUUGGUUAUAAAGAUUAUUGGAUUUCUACAAAAUUUGGUAACAGCUUAUGAAAGGGAUUGUGGUGGGAAGAAAAUUUUUUUUUUAUUUGGCCUUAUAUUUAGAGGGAUCUGUAAAGAAAAAUAUGGAAAUUAGUCUUGAUAUUUGAUCCAAUACUUAAAGUCACUGGAGUGAAUGUGAUUAGGCAAUAAUAUUAUACUAAUUGGCAUUUCAUUAGUUUAAUUAUUUAUUUUUAAAAUUUUGAAUUGAAAUUGACAUCAAUAAAAUAUUUAUUUAUUUUAUUUAUUUAUGUCUUAUCUGUAACUUGGCUCCAGUAGUUAGGGCAUCAUCAGGUGUAGUGAUGAAGUUCCAUCUAUAAUCUGCACAAAAGUAUUUCAACAAUUUCAUUUCUCCUUCCUAAGCGACCCAUUGAAGUAAUUUGUUUUUCUUAAAUUGGUGAUUUUUUGAGUGUAUGAUUGCUAUACAAUUUUAUUUUAUGGGUUUUUCUGUGUGUGUGUUGAAAAGCUUUAGUUUCAUAGAUUUUCGUAUUUGCAAUUGAAAAUUAUUGUUUACAUGCUUCAGAUCAAUAAUUUCCAAGUGUGAGUAAAUUCAACAUAGAUAGAAACAAAUUCAAUAUAGCUUUCUGUUAACCAAAUUCCAAAGUACUAAGAAACAUUAAGUUUAUGUUUGUUAUUGUGAUUUCUUGUGUAUUGGAUUUUACAGUUAAUUUUCUAGAGAUUUCUUCAUGUUGUAUAUGAAACCUUUAACAGUAACAGCAAUUCCUAAACAGUAAUUGUAUUGUUCCAUGCUUUAAUUCGGGGGAGGAAAUGGGAAGGUAUGGAGAAGGGGCAGGAAGGGAGAUAUGCUUUUGGGAAAAUAUGCUUUUCCGUUAACUUGCUUCAUUUUUUAGGUUUUCUACUCUGUCUCAUUUAAGGGAAAUGUCACAGUGCAAGUACUAGUGCUAUGGUGCUUUUAAAAAAAAACAGCAUUUUUUAUGUUUUAAUCGGUCACAAUAUUCAACAAAGAAUAAGAUCUGAAAUGUUAACAUGUAAGAUUAAUCCCCAAAUAAUUAAUUUUUAAAAUGAUGUAAUUUGUAUAGGGCAUAGCUCUUUAUUUAUAACUCUUAACAAUAUUUUAUAAAUCUGGUUGACUUUUGAUGUAUUUAAAAGGAUCUUUUUAAAUGGUGAUGAGGGACCAAAUCAUAUGACAGAUGUGCAAAGUAGAGAGAAAAGGUGAGAGAUAUUUGAGUGUUGGUAGAAUGAUUACAAGGUAAUAUACCAAUGAUGUAAUUUAUUAUUAAAUGGUGGUGUUAUUGUUCUUUUGUUAUUAUUAUUAUUAUUAUUUAUUAAUAUUAUUAUUAUUAUUAUUAAUGUUGGAGCAAGUGGUACAACAAGAAUUUAGACUUGCAAUUGAAUGAUCAAGGGUUUGAAUAAUAUGAGUCUGGCUACAUGUGCCUUUAGUAGUGUUAGUAUGGGUGUUUAAAAAAUAAUUAUAUAUUUAAAUUGGGGAACCUAAUCAGUAUUAAGAUUUUUUUCAUCUUAAGCCGGUUACUCACUGCGUGCAACGGCAACGCGACAAAGAAUGCAAAGACGCGGACCCAACGGAU